AUGUCCCACAACGAUAUGGGUCCUCCGGCCAAAAAGCACAAGGGCUUUGGACAUCUCCCUCCAGGCUUGCGCGACGCAAAACGGAAGGAUAUCGACACCUGGGAGACCAAUCGAAUGCUCACCUCUGGUGUAGCACAACGACGAGACCAUGAGGGCGACUUCAUGAUCGAAGAUGAAGAGGCAACUCGAGUGCAUUUGCUCACCCACGACCUCCGUCCGCCUUUUCUCGAUGGCCGCACGAUCUUCACGAAGCAACUGGAGCCAAUCUCCGCUGUCCGAGAUCCGCAAAGUGAUAUGGCGGUUUUCAGUCGGAAAGGAAGCAGGGUCGUUAAUGACCGCCGACAGCAGCGUGAACGACAAAAGCAAGCGCAAGAGGCGACGAAUAUGGCCGGCACAACCCUGGGGAACUUCAUGGGUAUCAAGGAGGACGAAGGAGACAGCGCAGUCGCUAUGCCUGUCGAGGAAGUCUACAAAGGAGGAAACAAAUUUGCCAAACACAUGAAAAAAGGCGGUGGCGGCGCCAGCGCUUUCAGCAACAGUAAGACCAUCCGCGAACAGAGAGAGUAUCUGCCCGCGUUUGCCGUGCGCGAAGAUUUAAUGAGAAUCAUUCGGGAUAACCAAGUUGUGGUGGUCGUUGGAGAGACUGGAUCUGGGAAAACCACCCAGCUAACUCAAUUCCUCCACGAGGAUGGCUACUCUAAGUUCGGUAUGAUUGGAUGCACACAGCCUCGUCGUGUGGCUGCCAUGAGUGUCGCAAAGCGUGUCAGUGAGGAGAUGGAUGUUGAUCUUGGUGCACUCGUCGGAUAUUCUAUCCGUUUCGAAGAUUGUACAAGUGAUGAGACUGUGAUCAAAUACAUGACGGAUGGUGUAUUACUGCGAGAAUCUCUCACCCAGAGGGAUCUUGACAAAUACUCAUGCAUCAUUAUGGACGAGGCACACGAAAGAGCUCUCAAUACUGACGUCUUGAUGGGUCUUCUCAAGAAGGUUCUGGCCCGGCGCAGGGAUCUGAAAUUGAUCGUGACCUCGGCAACGAUGAACUCUGAACGAUUUUCGCGCUUCUUUGGCGGCGCCGCAGAAUUCGUCAUUCCUGGCAGAACAUUCCCUGUUGAUCUUCACUUCUCGCGCACACCUUGUGAGGAUUAUGUUGAUAGUGCGGUCAAACAGGUCUUAGCCAUUCAUGUAUCCCAGGGCACUGGUGAUAUUCUUGUCUUCAUGACUGGACAAGAAGAUAUUGAGGCGACCUGCGAGCUGGUCGAAGAACGGCUGAAGCAACUGAAUGAUCCGCCGAAACUUAGCGUCUUACCCCUCUACAGUUCAAUGCCAGCUGAGCAACAGGCAAAGAUCUUCGAGAAGGCCGCUCCGGGCGUGCGCAAAGUAAUUGUGGCUACGAACAUUGCCGAGACAAGUCUGACAGUCGACGGUAUCAUGUUCGUUGUGGAUGCAGGUUACUCAAAGCUAAAGGUGUACAACCCGCGUAUGGGUAUGGACAGUCUCCAGGUCACUCCGAUUUCUCAAGCCAAUGCAAACCAGCGAUCUGGACGUGCUGGACGGACUGGGCCAGGCAAGGCCUAUCGUCUAUACACCGAGACUGCCUACAAGAAUGAGCUUUACAUUCAAACGAUACCUGAGAUUCAGCGAACCAGUCUUUCCAAUACUAUUCUUUUACUGAAAUCUCUUGGUGUGAAGGACCUUUUGGACUUUGACUUCAUGGAUCCUCCCCCACAGGAGACAAUCUCCACCUCUCUUUUCGAGCUCUGGUCGCUGGGUGCUCUGGACAACCUGGGCAAUCUUACAUCUCUAGGACGGCGCAUGACACCAUUCCCCAUGGAUCCCCCUCUUGCCAAGCUCAUAAUCAUGGCCUCCGAUGAAUACCAGUGCAGCGAAGAGAUGUUGACCAUCGUCGCAAUGCUUUCAGUUCCAAAUGUCUUCUAUCGUCCCAAAGAACGACAGGAGGAAUCCGAUUCAGCCCGCGAGAAAUUCUUCGUUCCAGAAUCAGACCACUUGACCCUUCUCCAUGUUUAUAAUCAAUGGAAAACCAACGGUCACUCUGAUUCCUGGUGCACCAAGCACUUUUUGAACGCCAAAAACCUCCGCCGCGCAGUAGAAGUCCGCGACCAACUUUCUGACAUCAUGAAUCAACAAAAAAUGCCCGUCAUCAGCUGCGGCACAGACUGGGACAAUAUCCGCAAGUGCAUCUGUUCGGGCUUCUACCAUCAAGCCGCACGAUCAAAGGGCAUUGGCGAGUUCAUCAAUCUCCGCACCAGCGUGACAAUGGCGAUCCAUCCCACAAGUGCCCUUUACGGUCUCGGUUACGUGCCCGACUACGUCGUCUACCACGAAUUGAUGCUGACGUCGAAGGAAUACAUGGGCACAGUGACAGCCGUUGACCCUCACUGGCUCGCCGAACUCGGUGGUGUAUACUACUCCGUCAAAGAGAAAGGCUACUCGAAGCGCGACCGCCGCGUGACAGAAGUCGAGUUUAACAAGCGCAUGGAAAUCGAAGAGCAGAUGGCAGCUGACCGUGAACGCGAUGCUGCUGAGAAGUUACGUGAGAAGGAACGCAACGAUCCUGCCCGUCGCAAAACAGAAAUCGAGGUUGGCGGAAAGUCCGCGGUGCGUAAACCAAUUAUCAGACCAGGACGUAAGAUCGGUGGGUUGACUGCUUCAUCUUCAUCUUCCUCGCGGCCGGGAGCUAGUGGCGAUGGAGCUCGUGAAAGAGGUGGGGGUGGUGCUGGAAGCAGUGUGGUUAAGAGGCCUACGGUGCCUCGGAGACCAGGACGUGCAUUCUAG